GUUCUAUCAUACUGCUCAUGAUCAUGGAAGUUCGCUGCUCAGAAGUAAAUAGAUUGGGCAGCGUGCUCCUGGGGUCAUUUCUGCCUACAGGAGCCCUCGGCGCAACACUUGCCUUGCCCCUCCCCUGACACUUGGAACCAAGGCAUUCUAAGUCCGGGAUGCCCUCCAAACCGCUUGCGCUAGUAGUCGUCCUCAUCAUCCUGGCACUCACGAAUGUUUAUGUCGAUGUCUUGCUUAGUCGCACAGCUCGUCAGCUCGCCCGUCGUCGCGAGCGUCCCAUAUCUUCGUACUCCUACGUUGACGACGACCGCCCGCCACUCUUUCCCGCAAAAGGUGCUAAGCGGGCCGCGCGCAUGUCCGUCGAAGAGCCUGAGCGUGCACUAUUCCCUCCUCGACUCACAGUCGUCUGAAGAGUGGCUCUGGAUCUCGACCGUAGGUGACGGCGACUUGCGACUCGGGCCCAUGCAUCGCGUCUUCGGCGUGGGCAUGACCCAUCAGCAACACUGCAUGCAAUACCUCUUCGAUGCGCUCGUCGCGCACCACCCAGCGCACGGCAUGCACGCCGAGCACCCGGAGCAUUGUCUAAACCAUAUUCGACAAUACGUUCUGUGCGAUGCGGACAUCACGCUUGAGCCGGCGACGGUGCUUGCGCGCAACUGGACUGAGGAGCGCUGGACUGGAGAAUACCGGUGUGUGGAUUGGGAGAUGAUGAGGGCCGAGAUCAGGAAGCACUGGAUAGAAUGGAAGGCGGUGAGGGACGGGAGGGCGACGGACAUACCUAGCCUGGCAUUGUAUGUGUAGUGUAGCCGUCUCGCCGGAUUCGCGUUUUUGAGUACACUCUUGAUGAAGUGCACACUGCAGGCAGCAUUACUUGAAUGG